UGCAAGGCGCUGUAGUUGCCAGACCGACACGCCGCUCACUGUUUUCUCACCGGUCCGGGACAAGACAGUCUCCAGGUGGGAUUUACUAGAGCGAAUGGGAAGGAACGAAGCGUGUUGUAUGGGCAGACAAUUUACAGCAUCUCCCCAAAAAAUCAGCGUUGGUUGUAUUAUAUUUGAAUAUGAUUGAACCAUAUCAUUGAACUGCUCCUGAACCAUCUUAACUUCAUUCAGUCCUUGCUGUGUUUUGGCCGGGAGUUGUUUUUGCAAGCCUGGAAGAGAGAAAGAGACCAAUCGGUAUUGAAAUCUAUUCAUGCGCGUAAAUUGGGACUCUUUUGGACAUACUGUAUGUUUGCGUUGUCACAUGGACCGUUUUGAAGGGAAAUUGAGCGCAAAAUAGACGACUUCGUUGCGACGAAUGUAUUGGUAGCCUAGAUGGUAGACGGUGUUAUUUUGUUGGGGAGCUCAGUGACGCAACAUUUCAUGCUGCCUGGACGAGGAAGAACAUAGAAACCCAUGCGUAGCACGGCGCGAACUCAGACUCACAGUCAGUACCUUCCUUCCCAGUGUUAGUAACAUCCCCCGGUCUAGGCUACUAUACCCCUCCAUUUCCCAAUCCUUCACACUGAUACCGUACCGCCUCGUCAUGGAUCUCAAAGCGGAGUCGGAAGAGAUGGUGGACUCUUUCAAGCGACCUCCGGCGAUUGAAGUUUUCGCCAGCAGGUCGACUCUCCAUGGCAUCUCGCACAUGUUCACUUAUGAACGGAUCUGCAUCAAGCGGUGCCUGUGGAUCUUGUUCUUCUUGGGUUCUCUCGGGUUCCUGGUCCUGGUGUGUGUGGACCGGGUCCAGUUCUACUUACAGUACCCCCAUGUCACUAAAUUGGAUGAGAUAGCAACACCGUUGAUGAUCUUCCCCGCAGUCACCUUCUGCAACCUCAACACGUUUCGCUUCGGCCGGGUGACACGCAACGACCUGUACCAUGCCGGGGAGCUCCUCUCGUUGCUCAAUGGAAGGUAUGAGAUUAGAGACACUCACCUGGUUGAGGAAAGCGUUCUGGAGACCCUGAAGAUCAAAUCUGACUUCCUCAACUUCAAGCCCCGCCCCUUUAACAUGCGUGAGUUCUACGACCGGACGGGCCACGACAUCAAGGACAUGCUGCUGUCAUGCUACUACCGCGGCAUGGAGUGCAGCGCUGAGGACUUCACUGUGAUCUUCACCCGUUAUGGGAAAUGCUACACGUUCAACUCUGGCCAAGAUAACCGGCCGCUGCUGGUGACCAUGAAGGGAGGGAUGGGUAACGGACUGGAGCUGAUGUUGGAUAUACAACAGGAUGAAUACCUGCCCGUCUGGGGAGAAACAGAUGAGACGUCGUUCGAGGCGGGCAUCAAGGUUCAGAUCCACACACAGGACGAGCCUCCCUUCAUUGACCAGCUGGGUUUCGGUGUGGCCCCGGGCUUCCAGACCUUCGUAUCCUGUCAGGAACAACGGCUGACGUACCUGCCACCUCCGUGGGGCGACUGCAAGUCCACUCCCAUGGACUCUGACUUCUUCAGCUCCUACAGCCUCACGGCCUGCCGUAUCGACUGUGAGACGCGCUACCUGGUGGAGAACUGUAACUGCCGCAUGGUGCACAUGCCUGGAGAUGCCCCUUACUGUACCCCAGAGCAGUACAAGGAGUGUGCCGACCCUGCCUUGGACUUCCUGGUGGAGAGGGAUAAUGACUACUGUGUGUGUGAGACGCCCUGCAACAUGACACGCUUUGGAAAGGAGAUGUCCUUUGUCAAGAUUCCCAGUAAGGCCUCAGCCAAGUACCUGGCCAAGAAGUACAACAAGACUGAGCAAUACAUUGCUGAUAACAUCCUGGUUCUGGAUAUCUUCUUUGAGGCUCUGAACUACGAGACCAUCGAGCAGACGAAAGCUUACGAGUUCGCAGGGUUGCUGGGUGAUAUCGGUGGUCAGAUGGGUCUCUUCAUAGGAGCCAGUAUCCUCACCAUCCUGGAGCUCUUUGACUACCUAUAUGAGGUGAUCAAGUACAAGCUGUGUCGAUGCUCAAAUAAGAAACACAAACACAACAACAACAAUAACCGGGGAGCAGUGCUGAGUCUGGACGACGUCAAACGCCAUGCGCCCUGUGAGAACCUGCAUACACCGGGUACGUAUCCUGCCAACAUGCUACCUCACCAUCCAGCGCAGGGCAACGUCGAAGACUUCACGUGCUGAGCCAAGUACCUGAGCCAAUCAGGGCAGGAGGAAGAAGGAGGAAGAAUCUGGCAGUAUGCAACCAAAGUCAACUAUACAACAAGAAUAUCUGACGUGAACACUCUAUAUAAGGGAUUGAAAUGAAAAACUGAUUGUCAAUAUGGAAACAUUUCUUACUAUCUGAGAGGAGGGGGAAAAUAUCAACAAUGACAAGAAGUAGAGAAGAUAAAGACUAUUCCAAACAUAAAUAUCUGUAAAAGUUUGUUCUGGAACAUUUUGGGGAAUUUGGAAUCCUAGAAGUAAAUCCUGAGUGUUCUAUGUCUAUGUUUGGAAUAGAACCAGGAAGCAAAGACUCUACUCUUCAAGAACACACUGCAAAUAUGGUCCUCUCACUCUAAAACAGACAAAUAUGGGAAAUGUAACCAACUACUGUACAGACACAACACUGUACAGACAACAUCAACAGAGCCCCAUGCCUUUACUGUAUACGGUAUCAGCAACAUUCAGCUGUCACUGAGUAUCCUAUUAGGAUAGUAGUAUGGUUGGGAUCAAUUCCAUUUAAAUGUAGCCUUUUAACUUCCUGAAUUGACCGAAUUGAAAUGCCAUUGACCCCAACCCUGGUCAGUAGAGAAAUGUAAUGCUUCACUGAACUCCAGUGUAAAUGUAGCAGUGUAAAUGCUGCUCCUCAGAUCCAGUGUUGCUGUAUCUCAUCUUGAAUGUAGCUAUGUCUACAAUGGUUUAAAUCAACUACAACCAAGGUGAGUGGUGAAAACAUUCAGAGGGAGAGAAUGGUAGAGAGAUCUACCGUUUAGAGGAGAAAAAAAAACAUAUGGUAAACCUUUCAGGUUUUAUCUUUUAAGCGCAUGCCUGUAUAUCGUCCUCUGCAUGUAUUACAUUUUGUAUUUAGUUUAGUUUAUUUAUUUUAUAAUUAUUGCCAAGUUUGCCUCAAUGAUACAAGUAAAGGAAUAUGAUGCUCCCCUCAUAUUCAUUAAGUGUGUGUGUGUGUGUGUGUGUGUGUGUGUGUGUGUGUGUGUGUGUGUGUGUGUGUGUGUGUGUGUGUGUGUGUGUGUGUGUGUGUGUGUGUGUGUGUGUGUGUGUGUGUGUGUGUGUGUGUGUGUGUGUGUGUGUGUGUUGGUUUGUGUGACCACCCUGGUUGGAUCCACCAGCUAGCUGUACCUCAUCCCAUCAAUAUGCUUUUUUAUUUUUUAUUCAUGUUGAAUGUGUGCACUAUCCCAUAAUCCCAAAUCAUGCCCUAGCAACUA